GUUGCCUCCGUCAAAGACUCCGUAAUUGAAGCCUCUUUUGUGUUGUUUUGUUUCUUACAACACUCUCUGUUUCUAAAGGUGUCAGCGACGCCAUCUCUUCAGUCUUAAGUCUUUAACACUACCUAUUGAACUUCGAACGGCCACCACAGCACCAGCCAACUCUACGCCUUCGGAUGAACUCUACCAUCUUCCGUCGCCGGAAACACCAAGUUCCGGCAACUCCUCUCACGUCCUGGAAGUUCUAUAGUUAUGAAAACAGAAACAGAAACAAAAUUCAGGUCCCAUCUUCUGUCGCCGGGAGUGGAGGGACUGUGGUUGGACGGGGAGGUUUGAGGAGAAGGAAGGGCGGUGGUGGUGGUGGAAAAGUCGAGGUGUCAACUAGAAAACUCGCUGCCGGGAUUUGGAGACUGUGGUUGGCUGCUGGGGUUUUAGAAGGUCCAGCAUUUGGUGAUGGUGGUGGUGGAAAAGUCGAGGUGUCAACUAGAAAACUCGCUGCCCGGAUUUGGAGACUAUGGUUGGCUGCUGGGGUUUUAGAAGGUCCAGCAUUUGGUGCUGGAGGUUUAAGCUUCAAAUGUGGAGCAUGUAAUAGUUUCGAAGCUGAGACUAAAUUAAUGAAAGCACAAUUGCGCAUCUACAAGCUUGAAACUGAGAACCAGUUGUUUCAAAAGAAAAUCAAACACUUGGUGAGGAAGCUUGAAGAAGAAAGAAUCUCAAGGAAAAGGAAAGAAUAUCAGAAAAUUCUUGCAGUUAUAUAUGAUUUAAAGAAUGAAUUAAACAGGGAAAGGAAAAAUCAUCAAAGAAUGGAAAUUCUCAAUUCUAAAUUGGUCAAUGAGCUUGCAGAGGUCAAAUUGUCUGCAAAGCAGUUGAGGAAAGAUUAUGAGGAAAAUAAAAGAGGCAGGAAAUUAAUGGAGGAAAUUUGCAAUGUACUAGCAAAUAAAAUUGCAGAUGAUAAAGUGAAAGCUGAAGCACUAAGGAUAGAAUCCAUCAAAAUGUGGGAAGAAAUGGAAGAAGAAAGGAAAAUGUUUCAGAUUGCUGAGUGCUGGCGUGAAGAAUGCUCACAAAUGAAGCUUAUUGAAGCAAAAUUAGUUCUUGAAGAUAAAUACUGUCAAAUGAACAAAUUAAUAGCAGAGCUUGAAGCUUUUCUAAGGUCAGGAAGUUGUAAUUUGGGUGUGAUUGAGUUAAGAGAAGUUGAGUUCAUCAGACAAGCAGCUAAAUCAAUAAACAUUAAAGAAAUUAAGGAAUUUUCUUAUGUGCCCUCAAAAUCAAAUGAUAUAUACUCUAUUUUUCAAGAAGUUCAGCAAAUUGAAACAAAUCAGAGGAUAGCAGAAAUAUGCAGAACUGGUGUUUCCAAAAUCCUGAACUAUUCAAAUGGCUCUAUUUACAGCAACAGUCACUUUGAAGAGGAAGCAGGAGACUGGGAAUCUGUUUGGUAUUCCCUGGAAGACAGUGAUCCUUCUGUGAAUGUGCCUAGUCAUUGGCAGAGUGCAAGAGAAUCAGAACAAUCUGUAGAGAAGAUACCUCCAAUAGAUAAUGGUAAUAGAAAGUUCAUAAAUGACAUAAUUUGCAGACAGAAGCCAACUUCUUUGAAAAGAAAGUACUGUGAACGCAGGCCAAAGCUCCUAAAUUCUGCAGGGCAGUGGAGCUCAAACAACUCGGUAAAUCCACACAUUAUUCAAGGAAUUAAAGGAUGCACUGAAUGGCCGAAACACAAUCAAAAGAAUAGCUUCAAAGCCAAAUUGGAAAGCUAGAAACCUCAAUUUCGCUACCUUCUUAAAAAGAAGACUCAGAAAGAAUCAUAUAUACUUAAUUUUCAUUCAAACCAUUACUUUAGGGAGUGAGUUCCAUAUAUUCUUGCUUUGUCUUUGUAGGCCUUCAGUACAUCAUAAAGCAAUAUAGAAAUUCAUUUCCUGAAA